UCUGAUGCUGAUGUGCAUCUGCUAUAUCAUACUAUUAUGAUCUGGAAAGAUCCUAUCUAUGCUAUCGAUUCCCUCAUUUGUGUAAUUUGACUCGUGCAGACAAAUCAACCCAGAUCUUAGGGAAGAUUUCGGGUAAGCUUUAGCUAGCUAGCAAAGCAGCUUUGAUCGAUCGAACUUGCAAGCAAGAGGUGGUUCGGGAUUCUAUUCAUUUUCUUCGGUGAUGAUAACAUACCUAAAGCUUAGACAAUGGCAACUUUGAUUUCUUCGCUGUUGUCGAUGAAGGCUUUAUUUGACUACAACGGUAUCUGAGAAGAAUAUGAAUAGCAUCCAGGGCGCUCUUGCAUGCAACAAGCAUCAUGGCUGUUCAAUCUCGUAAACGAAGAGUUGCCUGCUGACUCUUCAUCAGUAGUUAGAAAUCAAUCUAUCGAGUCUCAUCAAAUCAAUUUUAAUUUAUACGUACCAUAUGGCUUCUUCAUCUCCUGUUCCUAACUCUUCCCGUGGUGCUAGCUCUGGCCCUGCUAGUAUCCAGACCGAGUCCCAGAAAAGUGCAUCGCCUGCUCGUCGUUCGCGGCCGCCGCGGCCCAAUUACAAACAUAUCCAUCGCUUCCCUCUCCCCGUUGAUGUCCAUCCUUUGCCGCCUCUGAUCCCUCAUAAUCCAUUGUCGAUUGUCAGCGUGCUGUUGUCCUAUUUGACAUACCUCAUCGCACCACCCAAACAGCAUGUCUACGAGGCUUAUUUUGACUCUGCGACGUCAUCUGUCCAUGUCACGGACCCGAAGGCCAUCCGAGCUCUCUGGGAGAUGGGUUUCUUUGGCAAGGGUAAUCUUAGUCGGAGUGAACCGAGCUGGCUGGAGCGAGAGAAGAAGCGGCGCGGAUUGCUCGGUGGCACUACAAGUGAGGAGGUCACCCGGCAGCGCCGGACAGAACGUCGCGAAUUGAAGAUGGAUCGAGCUCGCAUGGAGAAGCUGGCCAUCCAAGAACGACUGAAGGCCGAAGCAGCCGCCCGGCAAGGCGACAAUUUGUCUGUCGAGCAGCCCUCUCAAUCGCCGUCCGCAGACACAUCGGCAGAGAAGUUCUCACUGAGAAAAGCCAAAGAAGCGAGGCUGUUGGACUCGCAGCGCUCAAUCACACAAAAUGGCGAAGCGCGCCCUUCCAACACACCCGGAGAGCAAAUCUCCAAUGGUAGCGGCAAGACCGUUCGAUUUUCCCCGGUUGUGCAGGCUAAGGAGUUCAUCUCCGACUCGGCUAUCCUGCAGCUUCCGGAGGUGAUAGCAGAGGAAGACAAGGCCGGCGGUGCAGAAGAGGAGCCCAUCUUGCAGAACGAAGAGCAUCUUCACCUGUCGAACGAGGAAGCCUUCUUUCUCGCCUACGGACUUGGUGCACUGACGAUCCUGGACGACACACGCGAAGCCGUCAUAACGAUUUCGACUUUACUCCCCCUAUUCUGCCAGCAUGCCGACUUCCCACCCCGUGAUUCGUCCUCGGAGAUGAAGCCAGACGAUACUUUCCUGAUCUCUUACGUCGUGUACCACCAUUUCCGGUCUCUGGGAUGGGUGGUGCGAUCCGGUGUGAAGUUCGGGGUUGAUUAUCUUCUCUACAACCGUGGCCCGGUCUUCUCACAUGCCGAGUUUGCGGUCGUCGUCGUUCCUUCCUACGUUGACUCCUACUGGUCAGAGACUGAGGAGCGCCGGAAGCACUGUGAAAAGCAAGUGUCUCGCAGCUGGUGGUGGCUGCAUUGCGUCAACCGUGUUCAAGCCCAAGUGAAGAAGAGCUUGGUGGUUUGCUAUGUGGAAGUGCCACCGCCGGCUUCGUACGAUCUGGACGAGCCAUCAGAGAAUGAUAUUGGGAGACUGCUUGCUCGGUACCAAGUUCGAGAGAUGGUGGUACGCAGAUGGGUGCCUAACCGUACUCGUGACUGAUCCUGUGUGCUUCCUUUCCUUCAUCUUGUAUCAUCCUGACUGAGCAGUGACCUGGUGUUGGAUGAAUACUUACUUUGUAAUUGCUCCAUUCUGGCGCAAGCUGUACUUCUUAGCAAACUCCAGCAAUUAUGUACAAUAU